AUGAAAGAUACCAUUCAAAGGUCAAGAACAUUGGCAUGUGAAGGAAAUUUAUUUCAUGUUCGCUGUUGUGCACAUAUCUUGAACUUGUGCGUUCAAGAUGGAUUGAGGGAGAUUGAAGGUAUUAUUGGUAAUAUAAGGGAAAGUGUAGAAUAUGUAAAUCGUUCAGAGGCAAGACGUGUGCAAUUUGCAGAGUGUGUGCAACAAUUACAGUUGAAGGAUAAAAAAUUGAUUCGUGAUUGCAAAACCAGGUGGAACUCGACUUUUGAGAUGUUAAGUUGUGCACUCAAGUUCAAAGAAGCUUUUAAGAUGUUCAAAGAACGUGAUCCCUUUUAUGGUUGCUGCCCUCAAGAAGAAGAAUGGGAUAAAGCUCAAAAGAUUUGCUCACUGUUGGAGGCUUUUGGACAACCACACACAUUAUUUCAGCAAUUAGCUAGUAAAAUGAAAGAAAAAUUUGACAAAUAUUGGGGUGAUUGUAAUUUAUUGAUGGCUAUAGCUGUUGUGUUAGAUCCAACCAAAAAAAUGCUUGCAGUUGAAUUUUGUUUUCCUAAGCUUUAUUCUGAAUUGGAUGCCUCUAAGCAUAUCUCAAAAGUUAAGGAGAUAAUUAAUUCUCUUUAUGAGGAGUAUGUUGUUGAAGAAACUAAUAAAGGAGCGCCUCAUUUACCUGAGUCUGAGAGUUUUGGUUCUUCAAGUGCUAGAAGAAGUCAACAAAAUUCUGUGUAUAAUUGGGAUGAUUUUGAUGAAUAUUGUGCAAAAGUUGAAACUUCAGAGACUAAGAGAUCUGAAUUGGUAGAUUAUCUUGAAAAGGGUCGUCUAAAGAAGAAUGAGAUUCCUAAAAUUUUUUCAUGUUUAGAAUGGUGGAGGAUGAAUAGAAUGCAGUAUCCAAUAUUGUCAAAGAUAGAAGCUGAUAUUUUAGCUAUUCCAGUGAGUUCAGUGGCUUCAGAAGCAACAUUUAGUGCAGGGACAAGAGUUAUUGAUUCUUAUCGUUCAUCUCUCUCUCUAGACACGGUGCAGACUCUACUGUGUGGGGGUGAUUGGCUUCGACAUAUACAUGAACUGAAAAAGAAGACUAAAAAAUUUGAUAUGGAAUUUUGGAAACACAUGUUAAACAAAGAAGAAGAUAUGGAAAUUGCUGUAGAAUUUUGA